GUAAUCAAGUCCUCCACUAUAGAUCUCUUAGUAGACACCUCCACCACAAUUGCGGUUACUGAGAACUCUUAUGUUCAUGAAAUAUUACCUUAUGAACUUAAGCCUAUAAAGGCCGAGAUUUUACCAGUUCUUUCCCUUAAUAAUA